UUGAAUGCAACGUCAUGUUGGUUACUUAAACCGAACAAGAUGGCGGAGUACAGUCGACGGAGAAAUCGGAAUUUUUCGGACACAAAUCACAUAAACAGUAUUUGCGAAGAUGUGAUUGGGGUGGAGGAGGUGCCCCGGUGUCAUCCAUUUCAGGAGUUGAAUGCAAUGGAAGAGUUGAGCACUAAUACAAAUAGAGUGGCUCCAUGUGCCAUGGAGGAAAAGCUUGAGCCUGAGGAGGAAGAGCCAGUCACUCAUGGGGCUCAGCCAAUACAAAUUGUGCUUGCUGACCAGGAUGACCAUAUGUUCGAGUUAAAUGCUGUUGCACUGGAGAAGAUUCUAAUGCAAGAGCAACUCAAGGAUCUCAACGUGGUUGUGCUCUCUGUUGCCGGAGCUUUUCGCAAAGGCAAAUCUUUCCUACUGGACUUCAUGUUGCGCUACAUGUACAGUCAGUCAUCUGAGUCAUGGAUGGGAGGAAAUGAUGAGCCACUCACAGGUUUCUCUUGGAGGGGGGGUUGUGAGAGAGAGACAACAGGAAUCCAGGCCUGGAGUGAAGUGUUUGUAGUAGAAAAGGAAGAUGGCAGUAAGGUUGCUGUCCUUUUGAUUGACACUCAGGGAGCCUUUGACAGUCAGUCCACCAUUAAAGACUGUGCUACUGUUUUUGCCCUCAGCACUAUGAUCAGCUCUAUCCAGGUUUAUAAUCUUUCACAGAAUAUUCAAGAAGAUGAUCUGCAGCAUCUCCAGCUUUUUACAGAAUAUGGCCGUCUAGCAAUAGAGGAAGUCUAUGAAAAACCAUUUCAGAAACUGUUGUUUCUGAUCAGAGACUGGUGUUACCCUUAUGAACACAAGUAUGGACUUGCUGGAGGUAAUCGCUUUUUGGAGCACAGGCUUCAGGUGAAGCAGAACCAGCAUGAGGAGCUGCAGAAUGUGAGGAAGCACAUUCACUCUUGCUUCUCCAGUAUUGGCUGCUUUUUGUUGCCUCACCCAGGCCUGAAGGUUGCAACUAAUCCCCACUUUGAUGGCCGACUGAAAGACAUUGAUGAUGAGUUCAAGAAGGAGCUACAGAACCUGGUACCCCUACUUCUGGCCCCAGAAAACCUGGUGGAGAAAGAUAUCAAUGGGGCCAAGGUCACAUGCAGAGACCUGCUGGAAUAUUUCAAGGCCUACAUCAAAAUCUACCAAGGUGAUGAGCUUCCUCAUCCCAAAUCCAUGUUGCAGGCAACGGCUGAAGCCAACAACCUGACAGCUGUGGCUGGGGCGAAGGACACAUAUAGCCGCUCCAUGGAGCAGAUAUGUGGUGGAGACCAGCCAUACCUUGCACCAAUAGACCUCCAGCGCCAUCAUGAGGACCUGAAGCAAACCUCUGUGCAGAAAUUCCGUUCUGUUAAGAAAAUGGGAGGAGCAGAGUUCAGCCAGCGCUAUCAAGAACAGCUGGAGUCUGAACUUGAUGAAGUUUACUCAAGCUUUGUUAAACACAAUGAAAGCAAAAACAUUUUUUAUGCGGCGAGAACUCCUGCCACACUGUUUGCAGUUAUGUUUUUCGCCUACAUAGUCUCUACAGUAACAGGCUUCAUUGGCUUGUCAGCAAUCGCAGCUCUGGCCAGCCUUGUGAUGGGGGUGUCACUGAUGUCACUAUGUGCGUGGGCCUACGUCAGAUACUCUGGGGAAUAUCGAGAAGUGGGUGUGGCAAUAGACCUCACAGCAGAAGCCCUGUGGGAGCAGGUGCUAAAGCCAAUGACUGAGCAAUACAUGGAGGAGAAUAUCCGUCAGACUGUAGUUAACUCCAUAAGAGCCAGUCUCUCAGAACAGGUGACGCACACUACGAAGUUGAAGACCACCUGACAAGGUGUUCCCCAUGGUUUUAUGCAGUUUUAUUGUGAACUCUCCUUAGGCUGAAACAUUUAAACCAAAGUUUACAACUCAACAUUGCCCUUGACAUCUCAAUCACUACAAUGUAGAAAAGAACUCACCCUUGUGAAUUCAGAUUAAAUUAAAACUUGUACAUGCAUGCAUGUUGUGGGCUAAGCAGUUAGUCAUGGAAAUGCACCCUUUUACUGGUUUUAAGCCUAUUAGUCCCAGGAUAAAUUUGUUCGAUUCAAUUCUUAAUAUUGUGGUGGGGUUUUUUUUAAAGGAUAUUUUUUCUCUGCUGAUGUCAGGUUUCAACACUGCCUACUCUCAGACCUGUUUUUGUUGGGUGGGUGUUUGUUUUUGUUUUUUUUUGUGGUUUUUUUCUUCCCUCCCUCCCUCCUCUUUAGAGGGGGUAGUACCUGUACGGAGGUUAAGGUGUUUGUAAAUCUAAAAGAUGUCAGGCUGUAUUAAAACCUAAAGGAAGUAUAUGAAUAUAUAAAUAGAAUUGUUACAUCAUGGGUGCAUGCUUGGUUCACUUGAAUAAUUAAUUAGAUUCUUCUUUAUUCAUUUUGAAUUGAACAUUGCUGUUAAGUUACUGUACUUGCCUAAAACCUGCCUGAAUUGGUCACUUUGUGUGUAGCUGUAUGAUGAGGGGUGUGUUUGAAAUUACUUGCUUUGCAUACAUUUUAUGCAUGCAUCCUAAAUUAUUUUUUAAAUAAUUAAAAGUGUUUUGCUGGUUUAA